CACCCGAGUAACGCGACCGGCGGCGGUGCUGUCAGCUCUUCCGCGGCUCCUGAGGUGCACUCCUGUCCCGCAGACAUGUCGCUGCUGCUGCCGUGGUUGCUGCCGGUGCUGGCCGCGCUGGGCGGCGUGUGCGGGCUGCGCCGGCCACCGCUGCUGAUGCCGCCGCCCAGGGCGACGGAGGUGCCACUGCCGCCCGACCAGUGGUACACGCAGCGGCUGGACCACUUCCAACCUACUGACCAGCGCACCUGGCAACAGCGCUACUACACCAAUGACUCGUUCUACAAGCCUGGUGGGCCCGUGUUUCUGAUGAUCGGCGGUGAAGGCCCGGCCAGCCCCGUCUGGAUGGUCACCGGUCAGUGGAUCGAGUACGCCAAACAGUACAACGCGCUCUGCUUCCAGCUGGAACACCGCUUCUACGGCAAGAGCUACCCGACCGAGGACAUGAGCGUGGAGAACCUGCGCUACCUGAGCUCGGAGCAAGCGCUGGCCGACCUGGCCGCCUUCUCGGCUGCCAUGACCUCAGAGUACAGCUUGGACGCUGACGCGCGGUGGGUGGCGUUCGGCGGCUCGUACCCGGGCAGCCUGGCCGCCUGGUACCGGCUCAAGUACCCGCACAUGGUGCACGCGGCCGUGUCGACGAGCGCGCCCCUGCUCGCCAAGACCAACUUCCUCGAGUACCUUCAGGUGGUUACUGACUCGAUCGAGGCAAAGUCCGGCGACCAGUGCUACGACGCCAUUCAGGAGGCGUUCACCGAGCUGGAGGUGCUGCUGGCCGACGAGGUGGGCUGGGCGGCCCUCAGUCAGCAGUUCAAGCUCUGCUCCCCGUUCAACGGCAGCGUGGUCCUGGAUGUCUCCAACCUGGUCUCCAACCUGGCCGACCUCUUCGAGGGGACCGUGCAAUACAACGAGGACAACCGCGGCUUUGAGGGCGCCAAGGAUGCCAACAUCACCAUCAAUGUGCUUUGCGAUGUGAUGACGAGUGAAGAAGGCAACGCCAUAGACCGGCUGGCUCAGGUGAACCAGCUGCUGAUGACGGCGCACGACCAGCAGUGCCUCGACCACACAUACGACUCGAUGAUGAAGCAGAUGCAGGACGUGGACUUCUCCAGCCCCAACAACAGCGGCAUGCGCCAGUGGAUUUACCAGACGUGCACGGAGUUCGGCUGGUACCAGACGUCUGACUACGGCCGGCAGCCGUUCGGCCACCACAUGCCGCUCUCCUUCUCCGUGCAGCAGUGCAUGGACGCUUACGGUGCCGGGUUCAACCGCAGCUUCAUCGAUGCGUCGGUAGCGGCGACCAACGUCAACUACGGCGCGCGUGCACUGCGCACCAAGCGUGUGGUGCUCGUGAACGGCAGCAUCGACCCCUGGCACGCCAUGGGCCUCACUGAGUCUGCCGACGACCAGCGGCCGGCGAUCUACAUUAACGGCACGGCGCAUUGCGCCAACAUGUACCCGGCACGCCCGGAGGACCUUCCGGAUCUGGUGUCCGCGCGACAGCGUGUCGGCGACCUGAUCGGCCAGUGGCUGCAGGAGUGACUGCUGUUCUGCUCUGGCUCUGCUCCGACCCUGCUCUGAUGCUCUGACCUGGCUCUGCUCUGAUCCUGCUCCGAUGCUCUGACUUGGCGUGUCUGGCAGCGAUAGCACCGUGCCAUCUCGAACCAGGUGACGGCAUGGCACUGGUAGAAGAUGCUGGUAGAACCGGUAGGUGCUGGUAGAGCUGGUGGACGGUGCCAGGACGCCACGCGAUAGUCUGCUCACAGCGAUAUUUACGGGCUUUUUGUUGGGUGACAGACGAGCUGAAGCUUAUGAUCAUGCUGACUUGGUUUUCUUCGUCGUUCAGCUUGCACAGUACAAAUUCCGUGCUGUCGCCUACCUUCUUCACAGUCGUCUUUUUGUGUUUACCACGAUGACGUUGACGUGUGCAUAAACAAACGGUAAUGAUUUGGUUUGCUUGAAAUCGGGUCGUUGGGAGGCUACCACCAUACGAGAGGAUAAGAGCUUAGGUGGUCUGACGUCGACUCGUCUGACGUUACGGGGUCAAGGGUGCUGUGCGCUGGAAAAGUGCUUUUCAAUUGACACUUAUGUCGUCUUAGAAUUUUACAGUUCUGCUGCACACUUGGUUUUUACUAGUUCUGUGAAAUAUAUGUUUAACAUGGGUUCGAUGAAUAUAUAUGCACUGUCUUCG